CCACUCACUUACACACACACACACACACACACACACACACACACACAUGAGCCAAGAGAACAGAACUAGAGGGAAUAAAAAUGCGAAUCAGCGUGAAUGCAGCCUCUAGUUUUUUUUGUGUUUGAUUCCAAUCUAAGAGGGCAAAAUGUGGGUAAUGGAGUUUUCCAUGAUUUCUUGAAGCAGGUCUUGUUUUAAGUUUCAUUGGAGUAUGGAUCACUUACUUUCAUAAUACAGCUCUGGAUACUGGCCAUACACUGAUGAUGAAGAUGUGCGACACACAGGUGAAAACAUGCAAGGACAUACUACAUUAAAUGCACAUGUUGAUCCCAAAAACCCAUUACACAGAACUUAAACCUAUCUUCUCUCAGUGAAACACUCUUACCACAUCUUAACACACGAGCGCUGCUGUCAGAACACAUACACUCACAACACAGAAGACACUACAUCUCUGACUGCCUGCUUAGGCUUCAGGCCUCUGAUUGCUUCCUCUUCUUCUGUGGCUGUGCUACUUUAUCUUUGUUCACGUUUUCUCCAUUCAUGUCUGGAUUAUGCCAGUUGUCAAGGUAAGCUUUGAAGGCCGUGUUUUGUUAUGACUCAGCGUCUUUCUUCAGUGCAUUUGCGUACAUGUGUGAUAACGUAUGUCUCAUUCUAGGCGUGCCGUGGUGCGCCCCAGUGAAAGUCAAACAUGGUCAAGUCAGCUGCCAGACACCACGCGGAGAGCGUUAUAAGAACGUUCUGGGAACUCGCUGCAAGAUCCGCUGUAAGACGGGCUAUGAGAUGCACGGCAGCAGCGAGAUUCUCUGUAUGGCCAGCAAACAGUGGUCAGGAAACUACGCCUGCAGAGAAGUCCGCUGUCCUAAACUGACCAUGCCAUCAAACGGAGGUUUUAAGUGUUCAGACGGGUCUUACUUCAACUCCCGCUGCCAGUUUUUCUGCUCACCAGGAUACACACUCCGUGGAGUCCACAGCGCCACCUGCCAAAGCAGCAGAACGUGGAGCGGGGGCAACAGUGUGUGCCUGGAUGUGGAUCCCCCAGUUAUUAAGUGUCCUAAUAUAAAGGAGAAGACAGCUGAACCAGGAAAACUCACUGCCAAAGUGACGUGGGACACGCCAGAGGGCAAAGACACAGCGGACGGCAUCCUAACAGAUGUUAUACUGAAAGGAAAGCCACCAGGCUCGCACUUCCCAGAAGGGAAUCAUAAAUUAUCAUACACUGUGUUUGACCGUGCUGAGAACAAGGCGACCUGCAGGUUCAAUGUUCGAGUGAGAGUGCGUCGCUGUACUCCUCUCUCUGUCCCUGACAAUGGCUGGAUGAAAUGUGACAGUGCGGGUGAUAAUUACGGGGCCACUUGUGAAUUCCGCUGUCUGGGUGGCUACGAGCUGAAGGGCAGCGCCGCCAGAGUCUGCCAGUUUAACAUGGAAUGGUCUGGCCUGGAGACUUCCUGUGCCCCCAUGAAUAUUAAUGUCGGUGUGCGGUCCGCUGCUGCGUUGUUGGACCAGUUCUAUGAGAAACGGCGCAUUUUGAUCAUCUCAGCCCCCUCGGCUGCCAAUCACUACUACAGAUUCCAGAUGACUAAUUUACAGCAUGCUCAGUGUGGUCUGGACUUAAGGCAUGUGACGGUGAUUGAGCUGGUGGGGGUGUAUCCAGUUCAGAUCGGCCGCAUCAGACACAGACUCAUCCCUCCAGGGCUGGCUCUACAACUCAGGUUGCUGCUGCAGCUGUCUCAGAAUUCCUUUAGCAUGGUGCUGCUGGACAAACAGGGUGUAGAUAAGCAACGCUACACGUUCCCCAUCACAGCAGCAGAGAUCUUUACCACCAUUGACACGUUUCCCCUCCGCACUGAGGAGGCCAUACUACAGAAAGAGGCUGGACAGAGCUGCUAGAUGUAUAUAUACAG